AACUGACAGCCAAUCAGCGUGUACUAUUCUGCGAGUGGGCGGGGCGUGCGACUCAUGAAUAUCGAACAGGAGCGCGCGGAGUGCACGUAGAUCCGCGGGGUCGAGAGUAGCGUUGUGUUGUGUUUGCGCCUGAGAAGCGUUUUUGGUUUUCACACACGUGCCCUGAACGGCUGCAGCGGAGAGACAGUGAGAGGUUCCCCCGGUGCAGGAGGCAGCAGCUCCCGGUAACGUUCUUCUGGAUCAUCGCCCCCCGGUGUGCGCACGGAGCUCAGCAGCGAACAAUGCCUGGUAAAGCCGCGGUGGCAGUGGCGCCGAAGCCCGGUGCCAACGUCGUGACGGUGGCUCCGCAGAAGUCGUUUCCGUUUGUUUUGAAGAAGAUCAUGGACAUCCCUCCUCCGAACAUCCUGGAGGAGGGAGACGACGAAAUAGAGAAGGAGAAGCUCUGCUCAUCUGAGGAUGUGGAGGGAGGCGGGGCAGAGUCAGCCAGCGCUGUUGUUGUUGUUGGUGGUGGUGGCGGCAGCGGAGGAGGCGUGUCAGCCUCCCUGACCCCUGCCAUUUGGGAUAAGACCAUUCCCUAUGAUGGAGAGACCUUCCACCUGGAAUACAUGGACCUUGACGAGUUCCUCCUGGAGAACGGCAUCCCCGUCAGCCUGGAGGAGGGCCUGCAGAAGACGCUGACCUCCGUGGAGGGCAAAGGCAAAUCCAUCGCCAAGGUUGCUGCUCCUGCUACUACUACUAGUACUACUCCUCCUCCUCCUCCUGCUGCUGCUGCUGCUGCUGCUGGUGUUUCAGCCUCAGCAUCCCCCCCCUCUGCCUCCAGCACCACCUCCACUGUCACCUCAGAACCAGAGGAGACAGUGACGAUCACCACCUUACAACCAGCUAAACUAGAGGAAGAGGAAGAUGAAGAGGAGGAAGAGGAAGAAGAAGAAGAAGAAGAAGAAGAGGAAGGACAAGACGAGGAAUCUCAGUGUGAGGAGGCAACAGCAGAAGUGAAGGAGAAGAAACCAGAACGCAGCACGCCCUCCCCCAUUGACCCAGAUGCAAUUGAGUUGGACAUUAACUUCCAGCCAGAUCCCACAGACCUGGUCCUGUCCAGUGUUCCGGGAGGAGAACUGUUCAACCCACGCAAACACAAGUUCUCCGACCAGGAGCUGAAGCCGCAGCCCAUGAUCAAGAAGGCCAAGAAAGUGUUUGUUCCUGACGAACACAAGGAUGAGAAGUACUGGUCCAGGAGGAAGAAGAACAACUUGGCAGCGAAGCGCUCCCGUGACGCCCGGCGGCUGAAGGAGAACCAGAUCACGGUGCGCGCCUCCUUCCUGGAGCGGGAGAACGCGGCGCUGAGGCAGCAGGUGGCCGAGAUGCGGAAGGACUGCGGCCGCUGCAAGAACAUCCUGGCCCGGUACGAGGCGAAGUAUGGCCCGCUGUAGAGAAGUCAGAAUAUAACCCAUGAAGUGUCACUGAGACAAAAGCAGAAGUCCCUUCCCCGCAAAAUUCAACACAGACAUAAAAUACCAAGGGAAUCUCAAUUUGCACUUUUGUCAUUGCUGGCCACCAGUCACUGUGUUCUGUGCUCUAGUUGUUGUUGAUUUCAACCUGAUGCUGGAGUUUUGGAUACACACUGGCAGGCAGUGAGGCAUGAUGGGAGCGGUGGUCACAGGACGGCCUGUGGAGAGCGCCUGGCUCCUACACUCACAGAGCAAAGGGGAAGAUCGUGGAAACUCCCGAGGUCACACACACAUGAAGUCUUGGUCUGUCUCGAGACGGUUUCAGAGACGUUGGGGAGUAAGAAAAGAGCAGGCUGGUACAAAAGAGUCACACGUUUUUAAAAAAACGACGACACACAAUUCCAUUUUCCUCACUGCAUAGCAGCUCUCCCUAAAGGACCAAAGCAUGAGUAACGUCAGCUAGAAGUCGUGUAUUUAGAAAGGGGCACGUGGUCCCUCACGUUUCCUUGUGUUGCACUUACGUUUGUGUCAGUACUUCCUUUAAAAAAAGUCCAGCUGAGGCUCAGAGGGAAGAUGUUUACGGCAGGGGAGGAGAGGGACAGAUGAAAACAUGAAUUCAGGAGCAGGACGUGGAUUCGCAGCCUGAAAAGAGAGAGAGAGAGAGACACGAGUCAAAGAGCUCAGGUCAGCGGAGGAGGAAAUGAGGAGAGUUCGAUAGUGGCGAGAUGAAGUCACAGUUAAUUCCCUCUUUGUAAUCCACAUCUGCACACACAAAAAUACAAAACACUUUGUAUAUAUGUUCAUCUACCAGCAUCACAUACAAAUGUGUGUGUAUCAGUGUGUUAUUCAUUUUUGCACCUUUUCUUAAAGAGGAGGUGUGUAAAGAUUUCUAGUGGUGGCAGGUAUCUGAACUUAUUUACCACAGUGGGAGACUUAGUAGCUUAUGAGGCAAAUAAAAACAAAAUGCAUGACCUACAGUUUAAAGCUACUGUUUCCUUUUCCACUAACCUCAGAUCAGCUUCCAGAGCCUCACACAAUAUUUUAUUUAAAAAAGACAGAUUUUGGGCGACCGGUGGUUUUAAGAGGGGAGAGAUGGAGCGAGUUUUUUUCCUGUACGUUCCUGUUUUGCGGACAAAGGCAAACGUUCGAUGAUCUCCAGGGCCCUCGCCUCUGGAGGGGUACGUUCAUAUAUAGGGAUGUUUAUUUUACUGCACACUGCAAGUAGAGGGGGCUGGAGCCACUGCCUGCUCAUGGUGUAGUGACGGCUGGAUUGAUUUUUAAAAAACAUUUAGCCAGGUCCAAGGUGGACUGCUUCUGAAUCUUGUAAUUAAAUGAUUGUCUCACGGUCUUUAUUUCUUACGACAGGAAUCCAGACUGUGUCUUUAUUAACCCAAUACUAUUCCUUAUAUCUGCCAAAUAGUCAAUGAGUGCUGUAUUUAUUCUGAUGGUAAUAAUGCAUCUGUUGAUUGUGAUGUACAACAAUAUGUCAGAUUAUUCCAUUUCCUUUGAGAAUCAAUAUUUACAUUGAUGAAACCAAUGACAAAGCAGGGAUUUAAAUGGGUAAACUGUGCUUUUGGAUAUUUAUUUUAACAACAGAUUUAUAUCGUUAAAAGGUUUUUACAUACAGUAAGUGUCUGACCAGCAAAAGGACAAGACACACUCUUAUUUACCUCAUCCACCACUUCUUGUUUUGAAUGGGUAAAGGUUUAGCAGGGCUACAGGGAGGUGCACGCUGAAGCAGAGAGCACAUACAGAGCAGCUCAGCUCCUUUUGGCAAAACCUCGAAUCCCACUUCAAGGUUGUUUUUAUCCAAAGUGGCUGAGUUUGUGUUUGGAUUAGCAAAUACAUUACGGACUGUUACAGGACUCUAUAUCUCAAGUGUCUUUGACUGAUGCAGAUCAUGUGGUCGGUCGGCUUGUGCUCAUAACCGCCAUAAUCUUGGAAAGGAAAAUAAAUAUGGCAAUAAUACUCUGUUGUGUAAUGCUCGUUUAAUUUCAGUGAUGUUGUAUGUACAAGUUGCUAUGAUGUACUAAAUAGAAAUGCCCCUAAGUCCUUUGUGCUUCCAGUUUAGAUCCUCUGUAGUCCAGGAUCCUAAUGCAUGAAACCCAGUAAACUUGUAUUUCUUUUUAUUCUUGACUAUUAUACACCAAGUGUACUUACAUCUGUAAACCAUCACUGAAAACUCGAUAUGUUUUUGGAUGGGUGGGCUGAUGGCCUGUUGUACAGUUCGGUCAAAAAGGAACAUCUCAGCUCUGAUGUCUUGUGUUUGCGUGACAGCGUGUGCAGCCAGUGCUCGACCUUGAGGUACACACGAGCUGAAAACAGCAUCUUUUGAUCACUGUGUGGAUUGUUGUUGUUUUUUUGACUCCGGAUCGAUCUAGAUCUAGAUACACUGGAUCAGUUGGUGCUUCUGUGUUUUCUCAACAGUCCCCGUGUUUCAUUUUCCACCUGGUGUAGAGGAACUGACAUCUCUCAGCAGUGUAAUUUAUUUACAAACUUGACACCGACUGCAUUGUGCGGUUUCUACAUCAGUGGAGUUGAUGGAUGCAAAACUUUGAGUUGUUUUAAAAAAAAAAAUUAAAAAAAAAA